AGGUCCACCUUUCCUCUUUACCUUCACCACCACCGGUCGCCAACGCUACACUCGUCGUCAACACUCACCCCAAUUCUCCAACGACGACUACCACGAUGAGCACGGUAGCAUUGCCCCCGACCCCCAAGUCGCCCAGCGUGGGUGCCCGUCGCAAGGGUCCCAAGCAGCUCCCCAAGCUCCCGCUCUCCGCUUUCACGCCUCCCAACACCGGCACGUCCGAGCAAUUCCCCCUUGCGCCAAGCCCAAACUCGCUGCAACCAGAAACUGUUGUCGAUGGCCAUGUAAUCGCUCCUGAUGGCAGCCUCACUAAGUGGAAAGAGCAGACAGGCCAGGCCUUGGGCGGCAGGAUAAGAGGUGUUGUGCUGUCACUGCAUGGCGCGCCCGAGGAGGUGGAGAAAGUCGUUCAAGACAUCCAGUCUAGCGCAUCGAGUUCGACGACACCCAUCCUGGCCAUCGCUGUUCCUUUUGUCCUCGAAAAUGGCGUACCCACAUCGCCGCCUUCCUAUCUCACCGCGGACGCCUCUGCGAAACCCACGAUUGUGCUCUCGACAACGUUCAAGGAGUCGACACCGGCAGCAAUCGAGGCGCUCGCAUGGGCUCUCACACAAGGUUUCACCGUGAACAUCGACAUCCAGAGUGAUCUGCAACAAGAGAGCGGUUGGGAAUCGUUGGAAGUCCUCCUCACGAAAGCCACUGAGAGCCAAGACGCGAAGGGCAAGAUUGUUCUAUCCAACAUCCUCCCCCCGCCCGACAGCCUCGCCCUCCCCAUCGUGAAGCUCCUCACCCACCAGCUCUACCGUAGCUAUCAGGCCCACAUCGCCUCGCUCUCCCUCUUCUCCAACCUCUUCGUCAGCUUCCUCCCCCCCGCAUGGGGAGCUCCUACUCCGCAUACACCCGCGCCGACCGGCGUCGACGUGGACAGUGAGGAGAGCAGGGAGAAGGCUGCUCGGCUAGAGUCGCAGGAGGCCGGGGAGUGGAAGCGCCGCAUCAAGAUGUACAUUGGCCCGACUGUCGAGGCGUUCGGCUUCUCGCGCAUCUUCUUCGGAUCGUCGCCCUCCGCGCCGCUCACCGCGACCACGCCCGCUUCAAGGGCGGGCGACUGGUUCGAGCUCGCCCGGGAGUCGUUUGCGGAGCUCGGCGUCGAACAGGACGCGAUCGACGCCGUGUUUGCGGAGAACGCAAAGCAGGUCUAUGGUGGUUCGUCAUAGGUGCAGCCUGAUUUGCUGUGCUUGUGGUUCGCUUCUUGGAUGUGCGCCGGAUGGAACUCAUGAAUUGGCGAUAUGGCCUUGUAAGAUGCGGCGAGUCUGUUAGAUGUUAUGACUAACAUAUUUAUGUGGACUUUGAUCUGGACGGGGCGGAGGUACAGAAUGUCAAUGAUAAUGUGCGCGUAUGCUACGCUGUAACGAAGCGGCGUCGUUCCUAUGAAAGCCUACCA